AUGGCUCCCCCAAUCGCUACAGAAUAUAUUGCCCCUGCGCCGUUGCAGGACAAUGCAAGGGCGGGCUCCAAGAUCCGGGGAGAGGCCACUGCGCCGUCGAGAGAUGCAGUGUUGGAGACGGUCGAUGACCUCGUUCGCCACAGAGCACAACUCUGGCCUCACACACCAAUAGUCUCAUACCCAUCGUCAGGCCUCGAGUAUGUAGACUAUACGGCACAACAACUGGACGUUUUUGCAUAUCGUGUCGCCAAGCAUUACCAGCGUCUGCUGCCGACCCGAUCCUCCUCGCAGGAGAGGCCCAGAAUCGUGGCCAUGCUCGGCCCGUCCAACGUCGAGUAUCUGGUCACCAUGCUGGGCCUCAUCAAGCUUGGCCACACGAUUCUCUUCCUGUCCACCAGGAUCUCGCAGGAGGCCGUCGAGUCCCUCGUCAAAUCCACAGGCGCAGGGGUUCUUCUCUUUGACCCCAGACAUGCCGAGCUGGCAGCCGGCGUGGGACAGACUCUCCCUUUCGUGCAAUCCGCCGAGAUCGCAUCGAGGCCAGUGUUUGAAUUCCCUGUCGAGGCCUACGUGGAUACGAGAUUGGACCUGACGCUUGAUCACCAGGUAGAAACGUACAACAAUGUCUACAUAAUACAUUCUAGUGGCUCGACCGGGUUUCCCAAGGCCAUUUAUCAGACGCACAAGGCAGCCUUGGCCAAUUACGCCAUCAGCAUGGAGAUGAAGGCAUUCAUCACGCUGCCCCUCUACCACAACCAUGGCAUUUGCAACUUUUUCCGAGCCAUCUACUGUGGCAAGAGUAUCCACAUGUACAACGCAGAUUUGCCGCUCACCUCGGGCCACCUCAUCGCCAUCUUUGAGAAAUUCCAUUUUGAGAUAUUUUACGGCGUGCCCUAUGCCCUGAAACUGCUCUCGGAGACCGACAAGGGCAUUGAUCUUUUACGCCAGCUAAAGAUCGUCAUGUAUGGGGGCUCAGCCUGCCCUGACGAGCUGGGAAACCUGCUUGCUGACCAUGGCGUGAACCUUGUCAGCCAUUACGGAGCGACCGAAGUUGGCCAGCUCAUGACUUCGUUCCGCCCGGCCGGGGACAAGGCGUGGAACUAUGUGCGUGAGCAUCCCAAGCUCUCACCAUUUCUCAAGUGGGUCCCUCGAGGCAACAAUCUCUAUGAAUGCUGUGUCAUGGAUGGAUGGCCUUCAAAGCUCCAGUCGAACCAGGCCGAUGGUUCGUAUGCCACCAAGGAUCUCUUCGAGCCGCACCCAACAAUCCCCGGGGCAUGGAAAUACAUCGCUCGCCUCGAUGACACGCUCGUCUUGGUAAACGGGGAGAAAUUCAGUCCUGUUCAGAUAGAGGGCCGUAUCCGCUCCGACCAUCUCGUGGACGAGGCCGUUGUAUUUGGUGCCGGGCGCCCAUUCCUCGGCCUUCUCGUCGUCCCGUCAGAAUCGACGCGCGCCAUGGCCCGGGAGGUCAUCCUGGAGAAGCUAUGGCCUGCCGUCGAGGAGGCCAAUCGAGAGGCCGAUGCGUUCGCUCGGAUCUCCAAGAACAUGGUCAAGGUCCUGGAGCACGACACUCCUUUCCCGCGAACCGACAAGGGAAGUGUCAUCCGCCAGGCGUUCUACAAGGCCUUUGCCGCGGUCAUCGACGAGGCCUAUGACAGCGCAGACAUCAGUUCAAGCGACCCGACGGUCAUGGGUCUGGAAGAGAUCAGGGCAUUUCUGCGAGAUGUGACGCCCAGGGUGUUACACAAGCAGAUCGGGGUUCAAGACGAGACCGACUUCUUCUCGUUGGGCAUGGAUUCCUUGCAGGCGCUUCAGCUGCGGAGUGCCAUCUUGCAAAAUGUCGAUGUCGCGGGCAAGAAGUUGGGCUUGAACAUCGUCUUUGACUAUCCUUCGAUCGAGAAGCUCAGCAACUUUCUGUUCUCCCUCCGCUCCGGGACAGCAGUUGCGUCAGUUCCGGUCGAGGAGCAGAUGGCGUCACUAGUUGGCAGAUAUGCCACUUUUGCUCCCAGAACGACCCGGAGAGCGUCUGCAGUGGUUGUAACAGGUUCCACGGGAUCGCUGGGCGCGCAUGUGGUCGCACGCCUUGCUGGUGAUCCAUCUGUUAAACAAGUGUACUGUCUCGUGCGUGCCAAGGAUGAACGGAACGCACUAGAGCGCGUGAGGAACUCGAUGAUGCAGCGCAGAGUAUACCAUUCUCUUCCCCUGGCUAGCCGCAAUAAGCUUUUGGCAGUCCCCUUUGACCAGGGGGAGGAGCACCUCGGCCUGGGCAAGAACGUCUACGAAGCCAUUUCUCGCAACCUCAGAUCCGUCAUCCACUGUGCGUGGUCCGUCAAUUUCAACCUCAGCCUUGACAGCUUCGAGAGGGAUUGCAUUGCCGGGGUUCACAACCUGCUCCGCCUGUGCCUCGCCUCUGGCGCCGCCGAGCCCGCCUCUUUCAACUUCUGCUCCUCGGUCAGCUCGGUAGCACGCUGUCCCUCGAGUCGUGUGUCCGAGUCCUUGCCUGAUUUCAGCUGGGCUCAAGGUAUGGGUUACGCGCAGUCCAAGUCGGUGGCUGAACACAUCUGCCUCCAAGCUGCUAAGGUCACGGGCGUCAAGGCGCGUGUCCUCCGUGUUGGCCAGGUCAUUGCAGACACACAACACGGCAUAUGGAAUGCCACCGAGGCCAUCCCGAUGCAGCUACAGACCGCGCUGACGGUGGGAUCGCUUCCACGACUGCCCGAGAACCCCUCUUGGCUACCGGUCGACACCGUCGCGCAGGCGGUGCUUGAUAUUUCGCUGUCAGACGCGGCCAGCCAAGUCGUCAAUGUCGCAAACAGCAGGACGUUCAGCUGGAACGAUGACCUGCUCCCAUUCUUACGCGCGUCUGGACUGGAUUUUGAGGAGGUCGAACCCAGAGAAUGGGUCCGCCGCCUCGGUGCCUCGAACCCGGACCCCGUGGCGAACCCGCCCAUGAAGCUGCUGGACUUCUUCGCCUCCAAGUACGACAAGGAUACCAUCGACGCGUCCAAAAGCUACGAGACCACAGCGGCCUGUGCUCUCUCCCCGGCCCUCGCUCGUGCCCCUGUGCUGGACCUAGGCCUCGUCAAGACGUUCGUAGGCUACUUUAUGAACGGGCCUUGGAAGGCGUCUUGUACGGCUACGGCCGUGAUCCGGGAGCCCAAGAAGAAGACGGCCGUGAUCUUGGCUGGCCCCUGCGGUAGCGGAAGGACGGCCGUCGGCAACGCUGUAGCUGGCUGGCUAAGGGGUGCUUUUGUUGAAGGAGACUCACUACAGAAGCGCCGCGCCGUGCCCGGCGUGGGCGGCGGCAUGGCGCUCGUCGGCCAGGAUCAACGGGACUGGCUUGACCGCAUCCGUGGGCAUGUACGCGAAGCAGCCCUCGAUCUGGGAUAUGACGUUGUGGUAGCAAGCUGCUCGGCCCUGAAAAGAGCACACCGGGACCAUCUGAGACAGGGCUUGCGGUCUCGAGACGGUAUGGAAGUGCUGUUCAUCGACCUCCAAGCGUCGCAAGAGGCUCUCACCGAGAGGGCUGGGAAGCUCAGGGGCCAGGAUAUGACCGCACAGAUGGCCCUGGGCCAGGUUGAGGAGCGGGAGGAGGUGCAUAGUGAUGAGGUCGACGUUGUUCCUGUCGGUGCUGAGGGAACUAUGGAAGACGUCCUGGAGGAAGUGCGCUGGGCAAUCAACAGGGCGCUGCGGCUUUCGUGA